AGCAAAAACAAGGUUAAAAGUGAAGAUUUUUUUUUUUUACUUUUAUGGUUACUAUUACUCUUUUGAGCAGCUAAACUUUAAACCUUAAACAUCAAAGUUCUCUAUCAAAAGAAUAUAGUUCCAAGUGUCGUUUGCAUUGACCCUUUAUAGCUAAAGUGAACUUACUGUUUACUUUCCAUCUUUUAAUCUCUGAUUUUGCACUCCCACAAAAUAGAAUCUUAUAGGUAACACCCGAAAGAAAGAAAAAAAGUGUCAGGCAUCAACGAAAUGCGUUGAUAUGCUAUGGUCCAGAACAGACGAUAUUCAUGCUGCCAACAUCAUAUUAUAUACCACAGACAAGCCAAGUUAAAACCAGAUACAAACCCGCAUGUCAUAAAAAAAAAGACAACGAGAUGUUUAAACUGAACAUAACCAUUUUACCUCUAAUCCUAAGCUAACCUUAAAUGCAUAUAGUCUAGAUGGGUCCAAGAAUAGAUGACCACUAGGGUUGCAGGAAGAGGAAUCCAAUAGUCUACAUCGACAAAGGAUGUCACCAUUUAUUAGGACCUUUGUCUGUUUCUAGAGAUAUAUUAUAAAGUUAGAUGAGAAGACCAUGCGUAAAUUAUGAUAUUCCAGCUCUUCUUCCCUGUACUAUAUGUCUACAGUUGCACUGGUCAAUAAGGAUCACCUUAAUUACCUAGAAGGACAUCAAUGUUAAAAACAAAAGGGUCCCCAAUUUGAAUUAGAAAUUCGAAUUAAAAGUCAAACAGUAAACCCGGAAGUACAAUAUACAGCUUCAAUCUUGUACCAACUAUUAAUUGCAUCAGAAGAAACCAAAACCACAAAAGGCCUAUGAAUAGUUUAUAAGAAAUUUUUCACUUCUGUAAUUCCAAUCUAAUGCCCUUUACUAUAUAUCUUUUUUGGGGGAGCAGGCACAUCACGUAAUCAUGUACUUAUUCCACCAGAGAAGCAUAGAAGGACACAGUGGUCCAUCUCCCGACUUAUCUUCUCCUUUUUAAACACUUCAAAAAACAUUCAUUCCAUACCCCAAGCCCAUCCCUCAACAUUGCUCAUUCCUCACAAGAAUUCCACCACCAUCUUACCAAGACUACAACUUAAAGCUUUACCAGAAAAUGGAGGUUCAGAGAACACAACGGCGGGGUUACUUGAAAAACAAGACUACAGUCUCCAACCUUGUUGAAGAAGAAAUGGAGAAUGACAUGGAUGAAGAAGAGGAAGAUGUAGGAGACGAAGACAAAAGGAAGAGGAUGAUGGAAAAAGUUAGAGGUCCUAGCACAGACCGUGUUCCAUCGCGACUGUGCCAGGUCGAUAGGUGCACUGCUAAUUUGACUGAGGCCAAGCAGUACUACCGCAGACACAGAGUCUGUGAAGUUCAUGCAAAGGCAUCUGCUGCGACUGUUGCAGGGGUCAGGCAACGCUUUUGUCAACAAUGCAGCAGGUUUCAUGAGCUACCAGAGUUUGAUGAAGCUAAAAGAAGUUGCAGGAGGCGCUUAGCUGGACACAAUGAGAGGAGGAGGAAGAUUUCUGGUGACAGUUAUGGAGAAGGGUCAGGACGAAGAGGGCAUAGCGGUCAACUGAUCCAGACUCAAGAAAGAAACAGGGUAGACAUGAAACUUCCUAUGACCAACUCAUCAUUCAAGCGACCACAGAUUAGAUGAACCCUCCCGCUCUCUCUCUUCUGUCAUCUACAUAUGAUCUAUCUAGACUCUUGUUAUCCAAAUAAUGGCAUCUAAUCAUGGUAUUGAAUCGUACACGGAUAUAUAACUAUAAACCUAUUGUACCCUCUAUGCUGCUCUGUAAUGGAUGCCUAUCCGAAAAUGUAAAAGACCUUCGCAUAGUCUUGCAACUAAUAAUGUUUAGUAAUUUGGUGAGUUUGAAGAUAUAUGAUUAUAAUGUGUUUUUUA